AUGGCGCCGGCGCCGCAGGGCUCGGGCCUGCGCAGGUUUCUCGAUCCGUACUACGUCGGCAACGUCGUCCUAUGCGCGGGCUACCUCCUCGUCCGCACGUGGGUCCUGAACUACUCGGACCUGACGUGGAGCCGCGUCCUCGUAGACAAGAGUGAGCUCCUGCAAUGGGAGCGCACCGCGUUCGGGACGCUCGGGGCGGCGCUGUUCAUCAAGUUCGUCCGCAGACAGUCCUUCGACGGCUUCCUCGCCUCGGCCUUCCUGUACAGCAAGGCGGUGCUAGCGCUCAUGGUUUGGGUGUGCGACGUGCGGCUGUUCAUCUACUACAUGGUCUUCUACUGGAUCCACUCCCUCCUCACCACGCAGCCCCUGUACCAGGGCCCCGCGAACAUCACGUAUCUCGACGGCCAGCAAAUGGGCCUCGAAAUCACCGGCCCAAAAGCCGACAAGAGCGUCCGCUGGCUGGUCGAGUUCUACGCGACGUGGCACCCGGUGUGCGUCGCGCUGGAGCCGAUUUUCGCGUCCCUCAGCGUGCAGUACGGCUGCGAGUGCCUGCGGUUCGCCAAGGUGGACGUCGGGCGGUACCCGGGCCUCGCGAGGGACUUCGGCGUCGACGUCUCGGGGCAGUCGAAGCAGCUCCCGACGCUGGUCUUCUUCGAGCACGGCAAAGAGGUCGCGCGCAUCCCCCACGUGUUUUCCGACGGCUCCGUCAACCGCGGGCUCUUCCGGAAGAAGGACAUCGUCAAGGGCUUCGCGCUGGAGGACUACUACAAGAAGCUGCGCUGGCGGCGGCCCAAGGGCAAGGAGAAGGCCGACGGCGCACCUGUGCGUACCCCCAACGGCGACGCGGCGCAAAAGGACGCCGCGGCGAAGAAGGCCGAGUAG